AUGAGUGAACAAACAAAUUUAUCUCGUGAUGAUUCAUUAUUUUGGAGUGGAACAGCACCUGUAAAUUGUGAUAUAAUUCGAAUAUUUGGUAUAUAUUUAUGUAUAUCGUCAUUUAUUGGUAUUAUUUGCAAUGGUUCACUUCUUUAUAGUUUUAUUCGAUAUAAAGAUCUUCGUUCCCCAUCAAAUAUAUUUGUUAUGUUUAUAGUUGGAAUGGGUUUAUUAGCAUCUUGUACUCUUCUUCCAUUGACAGGUACAUCAUCAAUCUAUUGUCAAUGGUUAUAUAAUCGUAGUGGAUGUUUUCUUGAUGGAAUUAUUGGAUUUUUAUAUGGAUGUAGUAGUGUUUAUCUACUUUGUGCAGUAAGUAUUAGUCGAUGUUAUAUUAUUAUACGACCACUCAAUGCAAAUAAAGUUACACUUGAAAAAUGUAUUAUUGCAUCGUGUGGAGUUGUAUUAAUAAGUUUUCUCUGGACCAUGAUGCCAUUAAUGGGAUGGAAUGAAUAUACAAUGGAUUUAGGUCGUACAUCAUGUUGUAUAAAUUGGUAUGAUAAUCGUCCAGUCUAUUUAUCAUUUACUAUUGUUAUAUUUAUAUUUAUUUAUUGCAUUCCAUUAAUUAUUCUUAUUGUAACAAAUACAAUAACUAUGAUUGGUCUUAAACGAAUGCGUGAAAAUAUUGAACGUGGUCUUCAAUUAAAUUUUAGUCAAAGACGAAUUGAAAUGGAAAGACGCAUUUUAAGAAGUAUAACAAUAACAACAUGUGGUUUUUUCAUAACAUGGACACCUUAUUCAAUAGCCGUGUUAAUUUCAAUUUUUCGUGGUCCAGAUUAUGGAACACCACCUAUAAUUACUUCAAUUUGUUCAAUCUUUGCAAAAUCAUCUGCAAUAUGGAUUCCAUUACUUUACAUGGGUACAUCUACUCAAUUUCGAUUUCGUUUGGUUAAUAAUACUGCAGUAGAUCAACAAACAGCAACUAAUCGAGUAACUGCAACACAACAAUGA